UUUUGUUGCAAACGCUGUAGUUGGCAGUCCACGACAACCUUUAUUCCUUCAUAACAAAAAACGGUCUGUGCAGUCCAGCUGUUAUGGACUGUCUCUCUGUGUACCAAUAAUCCUCCUCGAGAUGGCGUCGACUACCUGGCUAGUCUUGAUUGUCCUUGCUGGAUAUUUCGCAGCAGACUCAGAUGCGUCGCCCUUUGGUCCAUUCUUGAGUCGUCACGUUCGUCAGGUAGAUGCCAAUACGAUUCAAGAUGUUCCCGUCAAGUUCGCCGGGGGCGGAGUGAAUGCCUUUAGGCCUAGCGUUGGAGCCCUGAGCAGCCGUCCCGUCUUCAACUCUCUAACAGCCAACGACCGUUUUGAGGGCGCCCCGCCCGUGGUUUUCGGCGCCAGACCCCGCCCACGCCCACAGCAGUUCUUCAGACCGCAGUACUUCGGACAAUGGUACCCUGGGUUCUACUAAAAAAAAAACUUAACUCUUCACUCUCUCGAUGGCACGCUAACGACAUCAAGAAAUAUAUAUAUCUUUCUUUCGAAGUCAGCUGCAAUGCCACAUAGGCCUAGCCACGCUCUUUGUUUAGUUUGCUAACCACUCUGUUGUUUUUUAUUUCUCUGCUGAUUCUAUUCUUAAAAAAAACUGCACUGUCUUGUUGCCCAGUGUUGUAGCCUGUCUUUCCAACGCAGUUCUUUUGUUUACCCUUUGUUCUAGCGCUGUUGAUUGGUUCAGAAAACUGCUCUGCGUUGUUGAUCAUUGUUGUAACCAGACUUUCCAACCAAGGCUUUAUUUUUUCCUUUUUUUUAUCAGUGAUAUAGUCUUGAAAGUGUGAAUUAAGUUCUUCAUUCCUUUUGCUAACCACAAAUUCCAUUUUCACCUCUGAUCUUGUGCUGUCGACUUUCUGAUUCAGAACACUGCUCUGUGUUGUUGAUCAGUGUUAUAUAAACCAGCCUUUCCAACCAAGUCUUACGUCAGGUCUUUUUAUUUUCGAUCUGUGAUACAGUCUUGAAAGUCUGAAGUCUUUUCCCUGUUCCAAUCUACCUUCAUAGCUUUGUUAGGUGUGAAUACUAACAGCCUUGCUAUGAACUUCAGUCUCAGAUCUGCAAUACUCAGUACUUCGUACCUGUCAGAGUUCGCUACCAACUAAUACCAGCGUCUCUUAUUUCUGUCACUUUUUUUUCACGUUUAUACCUUUUUUGGCUUUUUGGCUUUCUGUGAAAGGUUAAACGUGUAAGUGAAAAAUGAAUGACGACCAGUGAAUUGGAAUUUGAUGAAUAAUGAAUAUUGACAGCAACAGAUGUAGACGUUUUGUUUUGAAAUACUGAAAUAAAUAAGAUGCGAAAAUAUUUUAUUUUGUUUUUGUGUGUAAAGUAGAUCGUGACUAUCAUCAGUUUGUGUGACGAAUUUGAAAGAAAAUUCAUAGACAUAUUUGUGAAGGACUAGGCAUGACUCAUAUGUAUUUUGUUAUUCGUUUAUUGCUAAAUGAACGUCUUCUUUAUUUUCUCCUGUUAUCUUUCAGAGCAAACUUCAGUCAUGAUCUUGGCUUGCAUGCAGAUAGGCCACUUGUUCACUGUGGUGAACGAUCUAGUAUAAAGCAAAUAAAAUUAUUUUUCCACA